UUUAAAUGACGCAAUUUUUACUGAACAGCGUUAUUAAAAUUUUAUAGCAUGCAAACUGGGCUAAAUUCUACCUUCUUUGCAUUUUACUGUCAUAGAACAUAUUUUUAAUUGAACGUGGACCCAUUUAUAGAAAGUUUACUUGACCAUAACUUUUAUUGUAGUAUUUUAGGUUUCAAAAGGUGCAUCGGAUCAAAAUUUCAUCAUGGGCUCCUUUGUCGGGCACCUGGUACCGGGAAUAAUAGGUUUAUUGUUCUGUAUGCGUACUUUGUACAAUGUCUUGCUACGCUUCUAUCACUGUGAUAAAUAUUCACGCGUUAUGGCCGUCGACAGCGAAGACGCUAUGAGGUAUCGAUUUCGGUCCAGUCUCACCUACAAAACGUUCUUCUGUUCCAAUCUGCCGCUUGAAGAAUUUGUGAUAAUUGCCGCGGCCGUUAUCGGAACUGCCGCCGAACUGAUCUCUAAACUGCACUACGCUGACCCCUUCGUCAGCGUGGGCGGACAGCACUUAACUAUUUUUCUCUUCUUUGGAUUUGCUGCCGUUAUUUCUACGAUGAAGUUUUACGGAGUUCCGGUGCCGACUGACUGCGAGUACGCCUGCGCCGCUCUGGCGUUCGGCCUCGAGGGCUUCCUUCUGUACCACCACGCUUUUUUUAUUUAUUAA